AUCUGGUGUGGUACAGAGCUGUCAGACGACAACAUUCCUCUUUCAUGAGGCGCUGGGUUUUAGGGCGAGGCUUCGUUCUUAAAAUCAACACCCAUGACAAACAAUUCAUAUAGCUGAGACACACAGGAGAUCAUCAUCGUUCCUGAGUAUUGUUGUGAAAAUGGAGUCUUUGUCUGCAGCAAACACACAAUUCUCUCUCAAUGUGUUUAAGAAGAUCAGUGAGAUAAACACUAGUGGAAAUGUCUUCUACUCUCCUCUCAGCAUCUCCUCGGCUCUGGCCAUGGUGUCACUUGGUGCUAAAGGAAACACACAUGAUCAGAUCUUACAGGCUCUGUGUCUUAACAAACUUGUGAAAUCUGAUGCUGCGACUUCAGCACAUGGACCAGCGCUUGAGCAGCACACCCAGAAACCUCAGAUGCCCGUCUGUACCAAGGGUCAAUCUGAACCACAAAUGAUGCAGCAGACUCAGAAAUUUCAGAUACCUUCUUUCCUCAAGAAAUCCCAGCCAACACCUGAAGAACAAAUUCAUUUCAGCUACAGCAAACUCAUGAACGAGUUGAACAAACCAGGAGUCCCAUAUAUGUUGAGUCUUGCCAAUCGUCUGUAUGGAGAGAAAUCCUAUCAGUUUAUUGGUAAAUUCAUUAGUGAUGCACAAAAAUACUACCAGGCUGGACUGGAGUCUGUGGACUUCAUAAAAAACUCAGAAGCUGCACGCGUCAACAUCAACAACUGGGUGGAGAAAAAGACACAAGGGAAGAUCAAAGACUUGCUGGCACAGGGGAUCCUCAAUGAUUUGACGCGUUUGGUUUUGGUGAACGCCAUCUACUUCAAGGGAAACUGGGAGAAAAAAUUCCCAAAGGAAGCCACUGUUGAUCAACAGUUUAAAGUGAACAAGAAUGAAACUAAACCAGUGAAGAUGAUGAAUCAGAAGUUCAAGUUUCCUCUGACCUUCAUCCCAGAGGUGAACAGUCAGAUCCUGGAGCUGCCGUAUGUCGGGAAGAGUCUGAGUAUGUUGAUCAUCCUUCCAAAGGAGAUUGAAGACGACACCACUGGACUUCAGCAGCUGGAGAAAACACUGACCUAUGAGAAGCUCAUGGAGUGGACCAAACCUGACAGCAUGAGGAUACAAGACGUUCAGAUAUCUUUUCCUAAGUUCAAGCUGGAAGAAUCUUACAACAUGAAGAAUCUACUGGUGAAACUGGGAAUGGUGGAUGCUUUUGAGAUGGGGAAGGCAAAUUUUUCAGGCAUGUCCCACCAAAAUGAUCUGGUGGUGUCUGAGGUGAUUCAUAAAUCAUUUGUUGAAGUCAAUGAAGAGGGAACAGAAGCAGCUGCAGCUACUGGCGUUGUCAUGAUGACCAGGAUGGUACAGAUUCCACAGUUCUUCAACGCUGAUCAUCCCUUCCUGUUCUUCAUCCGACACAAUCCCACCAACACCAUUUUGUUUUAUGGACGCUUCUGCUCUCCAUGAGCUCCUCCUGCUGGAGAUUUCUGAAGGUUCUCGUUUGGAUUAAUGCUGAUAAUUAUAUUGUUAUGUAGUCAAAGUGUUUAAUUUAACCCUUAAGUGCCUCUGUUUUUCUUUUGUUAAAAUGAUGGAUUAAAUAAUUUUGGUAUAAAACAAAAA